AUGCAUGAGACAGACCAAUUUCGCGAGGUCUUAAACGCCGAUAUCAGAACCCCCAUCCCCACGGCCCUCGUAACUCGGAUCACAUCCUUGCCGCCAUUCAUCCCUCUACAAGGCGUCUCCAACUUUCGCGAUCUAAGUCAUGAUGGCAACAAACUACGCCCAGGAUUCGUGUAUCGGUCCGGAAAUUUGUCCGACAUCUUCGGAGCCGGGAAAUCCAUCAUCGCAACCGAAUUGGGAAUUACUACAAUCUUUGACCUCCGGAACGAAGGCGAGCGACAAAAGGCUCCUGCACCUUUUAUCACAGGAGUCGAUACGAUAUGGUUACCGUACGGAGCCCAACCGACCACUUUAGAUCUUCGCGAUUUCGCGGGCCCUGACAAGGGCGCUGCAGGGUUUGUCAAGAUGUACCUCGGGAUCCUCGAAGCGGCUGCGCCAUGUUUCACAGAGAUAUUCAAGCAUAUCAGAGAUAAUCCGGAAGAUCCGUUCAUCGUUCAUUGCUCCGCCGGUAAAGACCGCACAGGGGUCUUCGCUGCCCUCCUUCUCCUCCUGAUCAAUCGACCUCAUGACGAUGUUAUCAACGACUACAUUCUCACUCGAGUCGAACUGGAAAGCGCCCGGGAGAACCUUAUGCAGGCAUUCGCUGUAAAUUUGGGAGCUGGUGGAGUCGACGUCACCCAUUUGAGCCCUGAGGGACUGGGUAUGCUCGAACUGUGUGGGGUUCGAGCCACUUCCAUGGAGGCUUUCUUGAUAUCAUUUGAGAAAUCCUUUAGAAACGGCAUUGAGGGUUAUCUCAUCGAUAGACUUGGGUUUACACAGAGUGAGAUAUCGACGAUGCGCGGAAACUUAACCUAG